GGCCUGCACUCUGUUGCGUUUAGGCGCCUCAGUUGCGGAAGAAUAUCGCUCGUUUUCGGACGCGAAUCUAUAUUUCGCGGGGAACCACGCUGGCUCGCGGCCGCAGAGCGAUCGGCGAUCGAUCGACGGACCUUACUUUUUAACAGAGACCUCCGCCGCUGCACAUUAAUACUCCGCUACGGCGACCGCGCUCGAUCGUUCGAACUAAACUCGGGUCCAUCCUGCAUCAGCGGGUAGGUGGCCGCGGUUCGUCAACUUCUCGCUCGCGAUAUUAUUGAUCGUUCGUUCUUGUAAUUCAAUUUACGUAUAACACAGACAUACCAGGUUUCUCAUUUCACAACAACUCUACAUGAUUAGCAAUUCAUUGUAACACUUGUUAUUUAGGUGAAAACUACAGGGUUCAUCUACUUGAUGCAUAAUCGAGUCUUUACAUUCUCAUUAUUCUUUUUUCAAAUUAUCGUUUGAGUAUCAUUCUGAUAAUACCGUUCCAACAGUCUGAUAAUAUUGUCUGGCAUUCGGCGUCAGCGUUUGCUGUACAAAUACUUUAUCUUCAGUCUGCCUUAAGGCUUAACUCUCUCCAUCGACAUCAUUGAUCAUCCCCGUAAGCAUAAAUCAUCGAGCCGCACGAGCGACAGUCGCAGUCAACCCCCAGAUUUCCUAGUGUAGGUGUUGUCCGAGCGAGACCAGGUCGAAACAUGGAGAACACGUGACCGCGUGAUAAAGUGACGGGACACGAGGAACAGUGCGAGGGGAAGAAGAGUAGAUUCCGCGAGUGAGCGCGGGGGCGAGUCCGGGCCGAACGAAAAAGCGAUGCCAAGAGUCGCGAGGACGAUCAAGUCACAUCGGUAUCGUGCGACCCGCGAUUGAGGUCACUGAAUUCGCUCGAAGCCACUGGUGUUAGGCGCUUGCCAGCUGCGGGGCAGUCGCGACGAUCAGGUCGAGGCGAAGAUGAAGAACAACUCGAGCAACUCGAAUCACGAGAAGAACGGGCCGGAGAACCUGAAGCUGCUCCAGGUGCCGACGACGCCGCCCGCGACACCAUCGACACCCACGACGCCGACCAGAGGUCUCGACGAUGUCUUCAAGGAGCUGCCGAUCACCGACGACACUUCGUGCGGCAUAUGGUGCCUCAAGGGUCCGAAUCUGCAAAAGUUCGCCAACAAGAAGGCAUACGUGUUUCUUUACGGUGUACUCGGCUGCAUAUUCUCCGCCAGUUAUGCCUAUUUCAACGGUACCAUCACCACCAUCGAAAAGAGAUUUAAAAUACCCUCGAAAACGACGGGUCUCAUCACAGUGGGUAACGACAUCUCGCAGCUUUUCGUAUCCGUCACCCUGUCGUAUUACGCAGGAAGGGGUCACAGGCCUCGAUGGAUCGCUUUCGGUAUUUACACCGUUGUACUUUUCUGUUGUCUUACGAUGUUACCGCAUUUUCUCUACGGGCCCGGCGAAGAUGCCCUGUCGCUGACUAAAGAGUAUGGGAAUACGAAGCUGCAAAAUGCGCUGAACACAAGCGUGAUUUCCGACAAACAACGCAAGUUUCUCUGUUUGGGCAAAGAAGGUCGUGGGACGGAUUGCGAGGUCGAAGAUGGAAACUUCGCGCCGCAGGUGCUCCUCUUCAUCGCUCAACUGGUGUCCGGAGUGGGUGGUUCUCUUUAUUACACCCUCGGUGUGUCGUACAUGGACGACAACAUACAAAAGUCGAAAACGCCCGCGCUCAUCAGUUUCUCGUACUUUCUGCGAAUGCUGGGACCCGCCAUCGGCUACGGACUGGCUUCAUUCUCCUUGAAGUUCUACAUUAGCCCGACUUUAACUCCCACUAUCACGAUGCAAGACCCGAGGUGGCUAGGCGCUUGGUGGUUAGGAUGGAUCAUUUUGGCCAUUCUCCUCUUCAUUUUCGCAAGCGUGAUCGCUCUCUUCCCGAAGACCUUGCCGAGAGCGGCCGCACGCAAAGUUCUGGCCCUGGAACGCAAUAAAUCGGCCGCGAGCAUUAAGGGCGAGCAAGAAUCGGAGCUACCGGCGUCUAUCUCGGACAUGCUGAAGACGUUUAAGCGCCUGCUGACGAACACGACUCUGAUGUGCAACAAUCUGGCGACGGUCUUCUACUUCAUGGGCUACAUGCCCUACUGGAUCUUCAUGCCGAAGUACAUUGAGACCCAGUACAAGCAAUCGGCGUCCGUCUCGUCGUUGAUCACCGGCACGGUCGGCUUGGUAUUCAGUGCCUUCGGGAUUUUGCUGUCCGGUCUGGUCAUCUCCAAGUACAAGCCGAAGGCUAGAUACCUGGCGGCGUGGAACGUCAUGAUUGGCAUUAUAUCGAUACUGGGAAUGAUCUCUUACGCCUUUCUCGGUUGCUCGGCGAACGACGACCAGAUCGCCAUUCAGCCUAACGGUGUUUUAAAAACGCAACUACCCUGUAACGAGCAGUGCCACUGCGACUACGUCACCUAUAAUCCCGUGUGCUCUGAGCACGGACAAACGUUUAUAUCCGCGUGUCAUGCUGGCUGUCGUGGCAUAAAGCUUCACACUAACGGCAGCAAAGUUUAUACGGACUGUAGCUGCGUGAAACCGAAAUUGGCUCGUUCCCUGGCGCAUUCGUUUGCCAACGUCACAUCCUUUCCAUUUUCUACCGAAGUCCCAUGGGAAACGACCGACGCAGUGGAACCUUUGGGGACUGCUAUUCCGGGCUCGUGUCCAGUGGAUUGUAUGCAGAAAUUUUACAUCUUUCUGGCGGUGGUGUGUCUUUUGAAAUUUAGCGGUGCAACUGGACGAGCGUCGAACUUCCUAGUCUCCGUAAGAUGCGUCGACGAGAAGGACAAGGCGGUCGCCAUGGGCUUCGGAUUAAUGAUAAUGAGCCUCUUUGCCUUCAUACCGUCGCCAAUUUUGUUUGGAUUUAUAUUAGACAAUACCUGUCUCGUGUGGGGUAAAACUUGUUCAGGUACGGGAAACUGCUGGCUGUACAAUGGCGAGGUAUUGAGGUAUUUGCUGAACUUCACCGCGGCCAGUUUCGUAACGAUCGGCACGAUAUUCGACGUGGGCGUCUGGUAUUUCGUCAAAGACGUGAAGAUCUUCGACGAGGAGAUCGAGCUAAAAGAUAUAGCUGAGGAGCCCGGUGAGACACUUUAAAGAAUAAUUGAUGAUCAAGUUCAAUCACCUUUUCGGCGUAUUCAUUACGCGUGAAGAAAGACUUUGAUCGAAGAUCUUCAAGAAGGAUCGAACGACGAAUGCGAAGCGAGCGAGAACCGACAAAUAAAGACUUUACAAGUACCUUAAGCACCUUCUUAGCUAUUUAAAGCUCGUAGUAACCUAGAUAGAAUCGACUGUUAGCAGAUCACCCAUGGUGUUCGCAAGAGAAGAGCGACCACCCGAUCUUUUACUAAUUUUAAUUUACUACUAUUAAUUAUUUUUAUCGCCGUAACCGAUGAAUUCAUAAUUCGUUGUAGGUACGUAUAAUAUGAAUAUUUGUUUUAUUUCGGACUCACGUUCCAACGAAAAACGGGUGCUAAAUUAGUACAUGUAUAAAGUACAUAUAUAUAUAUACUUCGUAUACAUCGCUUGUCGAUAGUGAAAAUAUUGAUUCAUACUAAUAUGAAUCGUCUAUAAAAUUAAAUGAUUGUACAUAUAAUGAUUAUACCUUGAAGUAGUAACAAAACACCGUAAUUUAUCUACUCAAUGAAAUAUAAUGUAUCCGUUGUUAUUAGCGCGUUAGAAGGAAUUUUUAUCUACAUAUAUAAGGUGGUACUAUGAAACAGGAAACCAUUACUAACAGGUAGGCGAAAUAAUCCACAAAAUUAGGAAUGUGAUAGAUUUUAAUCGUGUAAUAAAUAUCAGAAGGAUCAUAAUGGACGUUGUUAUACACAUGUUACGUUUUACAAAGGAUAACUGCAAAUAUGAAAGUAUGCCAUGAAA